AUGCACACCUUUGGUGAGACAGGGGCCGGGGUGCCGGCCUUCUUAGCCAAACUCUGGCGUUUGGUUGAAGAUCCGGAAACCAAUAAUCUCAUUUGCUGGAGUAAGGAUGGUCGAAGUUUCAUUAUUCAAAAUCAGGCCCAAUUUGCCCGGGAACUUUUGCCACUUAAUUACAAACACAACAACAUGGCAUCAUUUAUUAGGCAGCUGAAUAUGUAUGGUUUCCAUAAAAUCACCUCCAUCGAUAAUGGCGGCCUUAAAUUCGAUCGUGAUGAAAUGGAAUUUACCCAUCCAUGUUUCAAACGCAACUGUCCAUAUUUGUUGGAGCAUAUUAAACGUAAAAUUGCCUCGACCAAAUCCGUCGAUGAUAAAUCGGCAAUGAAACCCGAAGCCGUCAAUAAAGUUCUGCAAGAUGUCAAGGCAAUGCGCGGCCGUCAAGAUUCAUUGGAUUCGCGAUUUUCGGUUAUGAAACAGGAAAAUGAGGCAUUGUGGCGUGAAAUUGCAUCGCUGCGUCAGAAACAUGCCAAACAGCAGCAAAUUGUCAAUAAGCUAAUACAGUUUCUAAUAACCAUUGUCCAGCCGCAACGGAACAUGACAGGUGUCAAACGUCACAUGCAGCUGAUGAUCAACGAUACACCUGAUAAAAUGAAAUUGCGCAAGGCCAGUGAAUCGGAAUCGGAUUGUGGUCCAGUCAUACAUGAACUGGGCGAAGAGCUAUUGGAUGAGGUGUCCGAAGUCGAGCCGGAUCUUAUGACGGCCAAUAGCCCAUUUCGUCAAAAUUCAUCGACACCAACCACCACCGAGCCAGACAAUGCCACGGCCUCGCCCCAGAACAUUGAACGUCCCCAUUCAAGUGUCAGCUUGCUAUCAUCCCAAAACUAUGAUUAUUCCAAUCAAAGUGAUGAGGAUGUGAAUUUGGGUUACAUCAGUCCCGCAUUAAAUUCGACCUCAACACAAAAGGUCAAUUCCGGAGAUGGUGCAAAUAUUUUCUAUCACAUCACCGAGGUACCCGAUGCCCAUCCCCAGGAACCCCCACAGCCACCAAUCAAUUACAAUGAUGACAAUGUUUUGACCACACCCAUGGUCAGGGAAGAAAUGGCCCGAACCCAAAUGCUGAAGCAGAAAAAUCGUCAAAGACGUAACAACAAGGAUGGCACCAUGACGGAUUCGACAUUUUCCUCACCCAAGAGUUCGGGCAGCAGUAACAGCAGCGAUGUCACAAAACCCAAACAACAACGUUUACUAACACAACAACAACAGCAGCAGCGACAGUUAACACAGGCCCAAGAAUUGCCUCAACCCAUACAAAUAAAAUCGGAAGAUGAACCCAUGGAUCCCAUGAUAUUUUUAAAUGUUUAUCCCGACAGCAACAGUGGCAUGACUCCAGAUCCAAAUUUAAUCUCACCCAAUCUCAGUGAAGAUUCACGCCAAUCGACAUCGACAAAUGGUUUGGGCGGCGGAAAGUAUAUGCUACCGAGUCCAUCAAUAAAUCAGGCUGCUGCUGCCGGAGGUAGUGGUGGAUCAAAUUCUACACGUGUCUCACCCACUGAACCAAACCUAUUAACUGGCAGCAAUAAUGAUUUAUAUAAUCCAUCUAAUUUUAUUACCAGUGAUAUGCCAGCUGAAUUAUUUGAGGAUAACACCAUUAUGUCGACUGGAGAUAACAGCAAUUUCGAAGAUAAUUUCAAAUUGAGUCAACAACAACAAUUCGGACGCUCCACCGUUAAUAGCGGGAAAUUCUCUUCAUAUAUGGCUGGCAAUGGUGGUGGCACAGUGGCUACAGCUGCUGGACCCUCGACAUCAGCUGCCUCAGUUGGCUUAUUGACACAAAAUCCACAAAACGGCAACAAUACCACCACGGAUACCAAACCAUCAACCUCAAAAUUAUCGUCGUCAUCAUCAUCAUCAAAUGGCAAUAUGACCUUGACAAAAUACAAUAGCAAGCUGCCAUCCAACGAGGACAUUAUGCGGUUGAGUACAGCCUCGGAAGUUAGCGGCCAUUUGGAAAUCAUGCAAGACGAAUUGGAAUCGUUGAAGGAUCUGUUGCGCAGCGAUGUCUAUUCAUUGGAUCACAAUACAUUGUUGGGCUCUUUGAAAGGAUGCGACACCAGCACUCCGGCAACGGCAACCAUGACGGCCUCAAAUGCAAAUAAGAAGUUAAAUAUAUUAGAGAACAAUAAUAACAAUAAUAUAUUUUUGCCGCCAUCUAUGGAAGCAGAAAUUCUACAAAAGGUCAGCUCUAACGAAAAAACAAUGAAUUUAGUCUUGCGCCUGUUUAAUGAUUCAGAAAUAUUGGGCACAUAUGGCCUACAUUUACCCAAGGAUGGCAAUGAUCGUAAUGGUUCGGAAUUAAUGGCCUACCAACCAAUGUAUGAUCUGUCAGAUAUUAUCAAUGAACAAAGUGAUUUAGAUGCCGGUAACUAUUCAAUGAUGAGGCCGCAAAUAACCCAAGAACCAGAUAGUUCAACAAAACAGAACGAUGCUGCUCAGCCACCUAGUUCAGUUUUGAAUACGCCGAAUCAUGAAUGA